AUGGAUCACGAGGGGGCGCACGAGGACCACGGCAUCCUCGUUGCCCGUAGCAACCGCCAUACUCGGGCCUGGGAGGUUGUGAGCAACAACAGCAAAAUGGCCUGGAAACUCCUGUACUCCUUGGUCCCUGAGUUGGGGAGGAAUGUCGCCAUCUCCGCCAGUCUGUCCUUGGAUCUAAGCACCAUCCCCCCUACCCUGGGCUCCUCGGUGGCGACCACUGCCCUAGAGCAGCUCUUUGCCAUAGAACAAUCUCUGAAAAGUGACGAUUUUAAAUGCAAUGAAGAAGCUAGUAUCUUUCUUAAGGACAUUGCUGUAGCUGUUAAACAACUGGAAGAAAUGAGAAAGAACACAAUCGAUCUUUUGGAAAUUGAGAGUAUGGAACUGAGCAGGCUCUACUUCCUGCUGGAGACAGUGCCUGGUAUCAUUAACAGGGAAAUGGAAGAAUGUAUCAGAGAUGCUCGCAAAUUAAAUGUUUCGGAAAUGAAAGAAAUAGUGAGGAGAAUUGUAAACAUUGAUAAUGAAAUAGCGUUUCUAAAGAAGAGCAUACAGGAGCUGAAUCACAUGAAUGAAUCUCUACAUGAAAGGCAAGAAGAGCUGGCAAAGGAACAUCAACAUUUUGUCCAGAGCCUCAACGGCACAAUGGAAGAAAAAGCUAUGGUUAAUGUUUUCAUAAACGAGACCUAUCACACAAUCAGUAAAAGGAAAGAAGAAGUAGUGGAGCAAAAACAAUGGAUACAAGACACACACUGUGUAAUGGAAAAACAUGAAUCACAAUAUUUAUUAAGAAAAGAGGAAAUACAGACAAAGAUAACUGAAAUCAAAACUCAGUGUGACAGUAAGAGGAAGGAGACUUACGUAAGGAAGAAAAUACUCGAUAGAUUAAAAACAAAAAUGAAGGAAAUGAAUCAAACAGUUACUGAUACCUCAGAGGUUGUUAGUGAGCACAAUUUAGAGACAUCACGACUACAGUCAGCAAUAAAUACCUGGAAAGAUCAGGUUGAAAAUAUGAAGAAAGCUUGUACUGUUAUGGACGAAAAAAUGAAAUUUUUUGCAAAACACAAGGAACAAAUAGACACUACAACUACUAAUGAAAAAGGUGAAUAUAUAAAAAAGAUAAAAGAGGUGCUAAUAAACCUGCAGCAAGUCCAAGUUGAGAACACAAAUCUACGUGGGAAUAUGUUUACUGUUUCCAGACAACAUAAGAUUUUCUUAAGUGAUGAGGAAAAAGCUUUUAUGCAAUACAAGAAGCUCUAUGAAGAAAACCAGAAACAAAUAGCAUUUAUUGCUGAGAAAGAAAACUUCUUAUCACAAAGAAAAGCAGACAUCAAAAACAUGGAAGAAGGACUCGGUGCACUUGAAGACCUUCACCAAGCAACAAAUGACAUAUAUCGAGAACAAAUAAAAAUCCUAGGGGAUAACCUGGAAAGAGAAAGUCAGAGAUCUGUUAUAAAUCAGUGGAAAAUAGCGUGUUCAAGAAAAAGGCAUCAACGUUGGCUGACUGGUCUCAAGGGAGAGCUAAAAGAUAUUGCACAGCAAAUUGAGGAGGCAGAACUGAAACGAAUUGACUUAUUGGAAGAGACCACACAGAGACAAGAAGAAAUCGAAGAAUUUGUGGCUGAGAUAGAAAGACUUUCAAUAACGUUAAAAGAUGAGAAGCACAAAUUUGUUCGCAAACAGAAAAGGUUAUUAAAAGAGUUAAACAUGUAUGAGGAUUUAAUUGUUCAGGAAGAACUGGUUUACAAACAAAAAGAAGAGGAACUAAUUGUUAGGCUCCCACAACUUCAUACAGCAGAAGAAGAGUAUGGAAAAACAUCUCAAAAGUUAAAAGAUGCCUACGCCAUUCUUCAAUACAUGGAAUCCAUGCUGGCCUUCAAUCAAUCCUGUAAUGGUCCCCUGUACCACAACUGGCCCAUUUGCCUGCUGCUCGAAGUGGAUGAUGCCCUGCACGAGACUUUCGCCCUUCAGCACUCGGCCUUCAUCGCCAUGAUUGCACAACAGCAGGAGGCUGCUUUAUUGAAGAACAACAUUUAUCAGUUUACAAAGGACAUUGCAAGAUACUUUAAAAACAUGGAGAAAGUGAAAACAGAAUUAAAAGCCACACGAGAAGAAGAAAGCAGGAAAAUCAAAAGUCAUUAUGAAUGUCUAAGGAAGUUAGAAAUUGAAAUCCAGACAAAUGAUGAUAAAGUAAACCUUUUGACUACUGAAAACGAAAAAAUUAAAAAACAUAUCGCCUACUUGUGGAAUGAAGCAGAUAACUACAAGAAAGAAAGAGAAUUCCUUGGGCAAAGUUCCAAUGACCUGUCUUGGCAGCUGUUAGCUCAGCAAGCAAGAUACACAGAUUUGUGGGCAGAAUUUCAGGCCACAGUUAAGGACUCGGGGCGUAAUGGUGAAGAGAUCUUGCAAGAACUAACAACUCUAAUAAAGAAACUGAAGGAGAGGGAUGAAAGCAUCGAAAACAUGAGUAGGUGGCUGGAAGGGAAUAUUAAAAAGCUACGUUCCGUCAUGAAGGAGGAAUUACCAGAGGACCGUCGUAAGCAAUACUUUCAUGUGUUUGAUAAGAUAGUGUUGUUAUCUUACUGUAGUUGGUGA